ACGGAAACUCUACUACUCUAUCCCAUCUAAUGAAUAUGAUCUCUUUUCUCACCUUCUUCUUUCUAAUUUUGAACUUCUUUUCUUUAUCAUUAUCAUCUUUAAUUUCCAUUUCUGUAACCCCAAAAACCUUAUCAAAAUCAGGUGAUCUCAUCACAAUUAAAUGGACUAAUAUACCCUCACCUUCUAAACUGGAUUUCUUAGGAAUUUACUCACCACCCAACUCAACCCACAACAAUUUCAUUGGUUACAUUUUCCUUUCAACCCGACCCGAAUGGGAAUCCGGGUCAGGCUCCAUUUCCAUCCCAUUAAUCAACUUACGAUCUGAAUAUCAGUUCCGGAUCUUUAAAUGGACUGAACAUGAAGUCGACCCGGAAUUAAUGGAUGAAGACCACAACCCAUUACCUCAAACAAAACAUCUCUUAGCAGAGUCCGAGGUUGUCGGGUUUGAACCGGGUCGGGGACCUGAACAGGUUCAUUUGAGUCUUACGGGUCGGGAAAAUGAGAUGAGGGUUAUGUUUGUGACGAGUGAUGGAGAAGAGAGUUAUGUGAGGUAUGGGUCGGGUCGGGUUGAGUUGGGUCGGGUUGUGGGGACACGGGUUGGGAGGUAUGAGAAGGAAGAUAUGUGUGAUGGUCCAGCUAAUAGUAGUGUUGGUUGGAGAGAUCCUGGGUAUGUACAUGAUGGUGUUAUGGUUAAUUUGGAAAAGGGAAAGAAGUAUUAUUAUCAGGUUGGCAGUGAUUCAGGGGGCUGGAGCCCCGUUUACAGCUUUGUGUCACAAAAUGGAGACUCGGGUGAAACAUUUGCUUUCUUGUUUGGAGACAUGGGGACUGCUACACCAUACAAUACAUUUCUUCGUACACAGGACGAAAGUAUAUCAACCAUUAAGUGGAUUAGCCGUGAUAUUGAAGCUCUUGGUAAUAAGCCUGCCCUUAUCUCACAUAUUGGAGAUAUCAGCUAUGCAAGAGGAUACUCUUGGUUGUGGGACAACUUUUUUUCUCAGAUAGAACCUGUUGCUUCCAGAGUUCCAUAUCAUGUAUGCAUUGGAAACCAUGAAUAUGAUUGGCCACUUCAACCUUGGAAGCCUGAUUGGUCAAGCUAUGGGACAGACGGGGGAGGUGAAUGUGGUGUACCGUACAGUUAUAAGUUCCAUAUGCCAGGAAACUCUUCAGAGCCGACGGGAAUGCGUGCUCCUGCAACUCAGAAUCUUUAUUACUCAUUUGAUUCUGGGCCUGUUCACUUUGUCUAUAUGUCAACUGAAACCAAUUUCCUUCCAGGUAGUAAACAGUUCGACUUUUUAAAGCAUGACUUGGAAUCAGUUGAUCGAGUAAAAACUCCGUUUGUCGUCUUUCAGGGGCACAGACCAAUGUACACGACAAGUAGUGGAAAAAAAGAUGUCCCUUUGAGGAAGAGAAUGGUACAUUAUUUGGAACCUCUUCUUGUGAAGAACAAUGUGAAUCUUGUAUUGUGGGGGCAUGUACAUAGGUAUGAGAGAUUUUGCCCUUUGAAUAACUUCACAUGUGGAAGCUCGGGCUUGAAUGGGGAGGAGCAGAGGGCUUUUCCUGUGCAAAUUGUGAUUGGGAUGGGUGGACAGGACUGGCAGCCUAUAUGGGAGCCAAGAGUGGACCACCCUAGUGAUCCUAUUUACCCACAGCCUCUUCAAUCUCUGUACCGCGGGGGUGAAUUUGGAUACAUGAGAAUGCAUGCCACAAAGGAAAAGCUUACACUUUCUUAUGUAGGAAACCAUGACGGGGAUGUGCAUGAUAUGGUUGAGAUCCUAUCUUCAGGACAAGUUCCAAGUGGUGGUAUAUAUGAUGGUCCUGGGGCCACAGAAGAGAUGGAGUCUAUGCUUUCAUGGUAUGUAAAGGUUGGAAGUGUGCUAAUGCUUGGAGCUUUUAUCGGUUACAUAGUGGGAUUCGUAUCUCAUGCCCGGAAAAAUGCUGCUGGUAAAGGCUGGAGACGUAUAAAAACUGAGGAAAUAUGAACACCUGCUUCUUCACAUUGUGAAAUUUAGCAAUACCUGUUUCCAGAUGGAAAAUCCAUAGUGAAGAUGAUCUUCACCUAGUCACAGUAAGAUAAAGAGAGUGCUUGCUUAAUAAAUGUGACCUGCAUUUUGCACUAGUGCUGUAAAUAUAUAGAAAUUCUGUUGCAUUUGUUCUGUGAGAAGUAAUGUGGGAAUAAUCAUGUGUUAGUGAGAUACCUCUAUUUAUGCUGUUAAUUAAUGGCGUUUACAUAGCAUAUUAUAUGGGCUGGUUUACAA